AUGACGACGCCAGCAGGGACAUCGGCACCAUCACGAGUUGAGGUACCAUCCUGGAACGGUGAGGCAGAGAAGCUGUCGAGCUACCGUUUCGAGGUGUCGAUGUUCGUGAAGAGCAUCAGAGUGAACGACCGCUAUGUCUGCGGACCUCCGCUGGUCCGGGCACUUGGGCCGCGGGUUCGGAACGCCGCGGAGAGCUGCCCCUCGAUCGACGACGUAGACGAGGUGGACGACUACGGAAAGUUAGUCGGCUGGGAGAGGGUGUUCAACUAUGUGCUGGAGAAGUUGGACUACACCAGCCUCAACGACACGGGUCUGCUGGCUGAGGAGUUCUUCCUGAAGAUAGGCCGCAACUCGGGAGAGAUCUUCCAGGACUGGGCGGCCCGGUUCGAGAAGAAGCAGAGAGAACUGUUGACCCAGCUGCAGGCCAUCGACCCAGACGUGAAAGAAGUGAUAGCGAAACCUCUUCGCACAUGGUGGUUCCUGCGGAAGUCAAGGCUCACCCCCGUGCUCAGAGGUGAAGUGACGGCGACCGCGGGAGGGGACUUCAACUAUGCGAAGACCUACAAGACGUUGCCCACGCGCUUCCCAGCGGAGGCUCUUGCGGAGCUGGACGGCAAGGUCAAGCGUGAGCGGGCGUUGUUCGAGAACGACUUUGAGGCGGACGAGGACGAGACUGGUGGGGAAGCGGAGGAGAUCUACGAGCUGGCCGAGCAGCUCCUCAACCUCGCGGACGAGGAGGAGGAGGUGGAGCCCGACGACUUGGAGGCGGACAACGAGGUGUUCGCGCAGUUUCGCCAAGCUGGCCGGAGCUUCAAGGAUGCCGGGGACAUGCUAAAGGGCGUGGACGUGGACAACAAGAUCGACGAGUUCGCUUUGAUGGUGCGCGAGAUCUGCGCGACGAACGCGCGCAACGGCUUCAUCCUGUCGGCCCUGGACGAGUAUGUCUACCUGCUUGAGCGCGAAGGGAUCUGGGCCGCGCUGGACAUUGGAGCCACGCGCAGCCUCGGUGGCGUCGAGAGCGUAGAGAACCUCAUGUACGAGAUGCUGGUGAACCACGACGUGGAGUUCGAGGCGCACGACGACACCUGCUCCUUUCGCCUCUCAGUGAUGGCGAACCGCGUCCCCAUUCUCCUGGGCAUGGACAUCCUGACGGACGACUUGAAGGUAGUGGUCGACUGCGGCCGCAACUGGAUUGGGUUGCCGACGCUGGGCAACAAGGUCUACUACUGCGAGAGGGUCUCGAGCAAGCACCUGGCGAUCAACCUUUCGACGCCGCAGUGGUGGCGCGAGGUCUCUCUGCCCUUGUCCCUGGAGAACUGCCACGUCAACAUGGCAGGGCGGGACUCCAUCGUGCUGGAUGAGAAGCCGGAGGAGCCCGUGACGGGCUGCGCUGGCUGCCUCGCCGUGAGAGACCUCGAGCCAGCCCCCCUCGAGCCGACCGAGAGCGACGCGAUGUACGACCGAGAGAAGACCCACGACGUCUCAAAGUUCGAGCAGCCCGAGACCGAUGACGACCAGGGGUUCGAGUGGGACAAGGUGGGGGACACUCUCGGGGCCGUCAGGGGCGACACGGAGUCCGAGUGCACGGGGGAGCUCUUGGACAUUCUCGGGGCUUUCGGAGGCAACAAGAGCAGCCGCCGUCGGCGCGACCAGAGAGUGGGCGCGUCCGAGGACUCGGGCAGAAUCCUCGCCUGCCACGCCGACGCCAGCCCCGUCGACAGCGGGCUCAGUAUCGGCAACACCACCACUGCAGAUGCCGAUCAACAGUCCAACGGGAUCACCAGUGCAGUACCAGCCACCAGGACGAUGCCAGUGCUGCGGAGCUGUGGGACGGACUCGGAGGGGGCGCCCAACCGCGCGAUCACGGGAUGCAGCUGCCGCGGAGGCAAGAGUCAUCGAUGCCUACGCCUGCAUCCGGACGAAUCGACCUCGGAGAAGGAACCCCUCGGCGAAGCGCUGGGGGACAUCCGAAGUCAGGCCGUGGCGAUGCGGUGGAGGCGCCUGGCGUCGAAGCUGGCGAAGUGCGACCCCGCGGGGCCCUGGGUGUUCCUGCCAGUGCCAGACGACAGCAUGCUGGGCGAUUCGGACGUGACGGAGACCCCCCUGAAUGACUCGGAUCUCAUCGCAUUCUACCAGGCGCAGACCAAGGUGAUGGACCAGAUCUACUUCGAGAUCGGCGAGGACACCGUCAACCUGACCAAGACCAAGCGCGCGGACCUCAUGGAGGUGCGCUGCCCGAACGAGUCGUCGCUCGGCAAGGCGGUGGAGGCGCAGCACGGCAGGGUAAUACGGUGUGGGCUCUUCAACGGCUAUGACAUGGGCACGGCCACAGGAAACCUGAACCAAAAGACGGAGAACCAGAGGAAGCAGCUCUCGGACAAGAUCCGACAGGCGCGCAGGUUCCAGCGGGGGUGUCUUGCCCUGUACGAGGAGGCGAAGAAGAUCGUUGACUGCCACAUCGAGCUAGAGCAGCCCUGGAACAGCCGCAGCUGGUCGAGGUCACCCUCCAUUAAGAAGAUGCGGUCAGAGAUGUACGAGACGAUCAUCCAUGGGUGUGCCUACGGACUUCGCGACGAGAGGUCUGGACUCUUGGUAAAGAAGGCGUGGCGAGUAUGCUCUACCGACCCCGACUUUGGAGCGAAGGUGGGCCGGCUCUGCAGCAACCGACCGGGACGAAGAGAUAACAAUCUACAUCGUGCCAUCGAGGACGGACAUCUGGUGGCUCAGACAGCCUACUAUCCUCCGGCCAUGUGCCGAGCCUGGGCCAAGCACAUCCUUAGGAAGGACGUGACCUCCCAGUACGGCAAGGAGAUCUACGCGGGCCUGGAACAGAUUCCAGAGGAGGACGACGUCGAGACGUCGGGCGAGUUAGGGGAGCUGAACACGGAGGAGGACAUCGAAAUGGAGACCGCCGAGGCUUCUCUCAAAGGCCUGGGCGUCAAGACGGAGCUGUCGAAGAAGGAGGUCUCAGAGAUCGAACAGAGACUCGCGCGACUUCAUCGCAAUCUGGGACAUCCCAGCCACAAGACACUCUACAAUAUUCUCAAGGCCUCUGGUGCAGCGGUCCCUGUACUCCGACUGGCACUUCAAUUUCAAUGCCAUGGUUGCCAUAUCGGGAAGCUCCCCAAAGCUGCGCGUGUAGCCUCAGGCGUGGAGAUUCCGGGCGUGCUCGAAGUCCUCGCCACGGACGGACUGGAGUGGCUCUCACCUCAGCAGACCUCCCAAAUCAUGACCCUGAACCUCGACGAGGGGUCCGGCCUCACCAGCGUCACCUACCACGGGCAGAAGGGCGAGCGCAGCGGGAACCGGUCAGCCCUCGAGGUGAUCUCUACGUGGGAAUCGUGGUGCAGCCACUACCGUCAACCUGCCCUUCUUCGCAUGGACCCAGAAGGGUGCCACUGCUCUCAGACAGUCGCGAAGUGGGCAUCCGACCAUGGGAUCGAGAUAUGGAUCGCACCUGGGGAGGCGCACUGGCUCAUGGGCAAGGUGGAACGUCGCAUCCAGCUCUUCAAGCGCCUCAUGACGAAGAUGGCCACCCACGACCCCAAGUGCAGCACGCAGGAGCUGGUCACCUGGGCCGUGAGUGCGAUCAACUCCAUGGACAAGGUGGGAAAUCACUCCCCAUUCGAGCACGUGCUGGGCGUCACAGGGAUGGCCCCCACGAAUAGCCCCUUCGCCAUCAUCGACGGGGACACCGGCGAGACGCAGGAGCAGAGGCGACUUCUGGCCCGCCAGAGCUACCUCGAGUGCGAGUACGCAGAACGGCGACGCCAUGCCGAGCAAGCCAGGAACCGCAUCUACCAGACCUGGGAGGCCGGCGACCUCGUGUACUUCUGGCGCGACGGCAAAGGACGGGAGAACCGACCUGGCAAGAAAGGAGGGUGGUACGGACCUGCACGAGUGCUCGUUCAAGAAAAACGGCAUAUCGACGGCCGCACUCGGGCGGCCUCGGUCGUCUGGAUCGCGCACGGGAACACGUUGAUGAGGUGCGCGCCCGAGCAUCUACGACCAGCCUCCGAGACCGAGAAGAUGCUGACCGAACUCAAGAAGCAGGCCUCCCUCGGGAAGACCAUGACAGAGAUCCUGGAGACCGCCACCAAGGCUGGGGCGUUCGAGGACCUGGUGGAGCAGCGCCGCCCGGACCUCACAGCGUACGAGCCCCCGAGGACCACCGAGGCAUCCCAACCAGGAGACGGGGCAGAAGCGCCACCUGCCGCUGCCACGGAGGAGGAGACGAACAUACCGGAGUCGAGCCACACUACACCGAGGUCCAUGGCUCAACCAGAAGCUGAACCAGGCGAACCCUCUGAAGACGCUCAGGACCUGGAGAUGGCACCACCCGCAGGGGCAGAGAUACCUCAACAGCCUCCGCCAUUGGACCUACCUCCAGCUGAAGCACCAGCCUCUGAAGGAGCAACACCAGCAGCACCAGGGGAACCUUCUGCUUCGUCAUCGUCGGCGCGCCCUCGGUACCGCAUGACACAUCGUGGACCGGAGCUGGACCUCUAUCAGCCGCCAGAGAAGCGUCGGAAGGACAACAACGACAUGGACGAGAGCGAGCUCUGGGCGGACCUCCAGAGGGACGACCUGGACAUUCUCCUGGGGAUAGACGAGCACCAGACAGUGUACUUCGAGUAG